ACCAAAGCAAUCCUCAUUUCCCUCCAAAUUCCAAUUCAAUAUACAUACAUAUAUAUCCCUCAUCAAGUUCUCUCAGAUGAUCAACACUAGUUUCUCUCUCUAAAACAAACUUUUUAGCUCUCCGAUUUGCAGAGCAAUCUAAUCACAUUCUCUCUCAUCUGUUUCGUCAGAAGUCGAAGAAGGCAACGAACAAAGAUGGAAGACUAUUUGCUUUACAUGAAGACAUUACGCUCUCAAAUGAACGAUGUGGAGGAUCAAGCGACGAAGAUAUCAGUUGAAGAGCAAAUGCAAAUUACUACAAUUCAAACUCUACAGAAAGACCUUGAUUUAGCUCAUUCCGAUAUCAAGCAACUUAAAGAGGAAACUGACCAGAUGGUGAAGGCUGAGGGACAGAUUUGCGCCCAGAUUUUGGAAAAACAGAGAAAAAUUGCCUAUAUGGAAUCUGAUUCAUCCACACUUUCCCAGACGCUGGAGCUUAUUCAACAAGAAAGAGUCAGUUUGUCAGCGAAAUUUGUGGAGAAAAGCACUUAUUAUACUAAGGUUUUUGAGAACAUCAAUGCCAAAUUACAAGAACAACAGGAUUGGAUGAACUCUUACAAACUUAGUUCAACCGUUGGGCAGCAUGGUUUGAUCAAGGAUAAAACUGGUGAGCAAAUAGGUGAAACUGAAGGGAAGUGUAGUAUUGAGAGCUAUAUCAUUUCAGAAAAUGUGGAUCAUGUGAAGAACCUAGUGACUAAGUUACAGUCUGCUAAAGCUAAGUUUGAUUUGGUGACACAAACAAAAUCCAAAUUUGUUUUGGAGAAUAGCAAGGUAAAGCAAUCUGUUGAGCUAGUGAAGUGCCGGAUAAGUGAUUUUAAGCCAGAGCUCUGGGCAAUGAAUGUGAAGACCCUGGAAGAGGAAUAUCAAGCUCUCUUAUCUGACAGAGCUGGAGAAACUGAGUAUUUGCACUCUCUGCAGCAGCAAUUUGAGAGACUGAAGGAUAUUUCUCAUGUAGUUAAAUGUGCUUGUGGAGAGGAAUACAAUGUAGAAGUGGAUCUUUUGUCAAUAGCAAAAAAAAGGCAUGCAGUCAACUCUGCAUAACUAAGGAGGCGAGGAAAAGGAAUCAAAAUUCAUGUAGAUUAGAAUUUGAUGAUUCAGCAUUGUCACUGGAUAGGUAAAUGCAUAAACAUUUUUGUUAAAACUAACUGUGCAAAAUGAGUGAUGGAACUGCUAUAGUUGUUUCAAUAAAGCAAAACGAGGCACAACUGCAGAAUGCCUUUAUCCAAUCCUGUAUAAAUUUUUUGUUGAAGAAAUAUUACACAUCAUCACAUCAUAAAGCUGUUUCUUUAUUUUCUGA